AUGCGCACCACGCAAACACGCAGCCUGAUUUGUAACCCAGCCUUACCUACCAACUGCGUCUCACGUCGUAGACUUUUUAUCAUUGCGAUAUUGUUUGCUUCGCUUCUCCUACGUGUUCCAUCGAAUAGACCAGCAGCAAUGUCGUCGGAAACUAGUCCUCUCUUACCGCAGCAGCAGACAACGAACGAACCACCCGACAUCCCCAGCACAGAAGGCCCCAAGACAAGGACGCGAAGCCAAUGGCCAUGGCUCUACGUAGUAGCAAUCCUCCUUCUGUUGGCCUUUGUAGCAGACAUGGCCGAGACGCUGCUAGUGGCCCCUCGAAUCCGCUUCAUCGAAGCAAUUGCAUGCUACCGCUACUACAAGAUCCACGACCCUAGUGUUAUCGGCCUGCACAGCCAUGUCCCCGAGGAGUUGUGCAAGAUUGACGAGAUACAGAGCAAGGUCAUGUCUAUCAUGGGUGGGCAGCUUUUUUUUGAUAGCAUCCCGUCCAUUUUGCUGCCAAUUCCAUACAGCAUGUUGGCCGAUUCGUGGGGCAGAAAGCCGGUGCUUACGCUCGGACUGGUUGGCUGCGUGCUUUACAUGCUCGUUUUCAUGUUCCUGGCUGGCCUAUCGGGUCUCCCGCUUGAGCAAUCUUGGCUUUCGGCAUUGUGUCUCAUCAUUGGCGGCGGCCCGUCUGUCGCCACAACGUGGUUGACGACAAUGGUUGCCGAUGUGGUGCCGCCGCAGCUGAGAAGUACAGUCUUCUUCUACCGAUUUUGCUGUGAUCAAGUGUCUGAUCUUCUCAUGCCUCCCGUUACUGCCGCGCUGAUGGCGCAUGGCGUAUGGCCGCCACUGUUUGUUGUUGUGGCGCUUCAAGUUAUCACCGUCCUGGUUAGUCUUGUUUUGCCCGAGACUUUGCCCAUCCCAGAGGACAAAGGCGUCUCUGAUCCAUCGGAAGAGGAUGUCAGCAGCAACCACGAUGCGCAAGGCUCAAAUAGCAAAGGUGUUUCUUUGCUUGCUAGCUUGACGGAGUCGUUUGCGUCAUUCAUGCGAGAUCGCACUGUAAUGCUACUGGUGUUUACGUUUCUUAUAUCGAGACUAGGCCGCCAGACAAAUGCGGUGGUGCUUCUCCAAUACGCAUCCAAAAAGUACGGAUGGAGCCUCUCCAAGGCGGGGUUACUGGUAUCCAUCCGUGCUGCCGUGAACAUUGUGUUGUUUGUAAUCAUUUUGCCCGUCAUAGUCAACUUUCUUCUUCCAGGAAGGUCUGCAGCCACCAAAGAUCUCCUCGUUGGCAAGAUUAGCAUCCUUCUCCUUACACUCGGAGCUUUCAUUAUGUUCAAUGAGAACUCCGUACCCUGGCUGAUAAUAGGUUUGGUUGUGAGCACUCUUGGUGCGGGAUUCCCACCUGUAAUGCGCAGUUUAACUACCUCGCUGGUGGAGUUACAGAAUGACGGACAUGCAAGCGAUAUAGGCCGACUCUAUGCGUUGAUUGGCAUUAUGGAGGGCAUCGGCAAUCUUGUGGCAGGGCCCGGCUUGGCGUGGGCAUUCAAUCUUGGCAUGAGCUGGGGCAAGGCGUGGCUUGGGCUGCCAUAUGCACUGGCUACUGCACUCUUUGCGUGCAUCUGUGUUAUCGUGUUUUCUGUUCGUAUCAAUACUUGA